GGAAUAGUAUAAAUACUGAGAGCAUCUGUGGGAUUUCAGGACAGAGGGAGAGCAGCAGAGCGACUGAGACAUCACUGAGGCACUGGGACUCGGGACGAAGCCAUGGCACGCCGGGCGUCUCUCCUGCUUUCCUUCUGCAUAAUACUUACAGUCAGUCUGCACCUCUCAGAAGCACAGCACUGGUCCCACGGCUGGUACCCCGGGGGCAAGCGGCAGGCUGACUCAGCCCAGAGUCUGGAGCUCUCCGAAGACCUCAAGCUGUGUGAUGGAGACGACUGCACUUACCUGAAGAUCCCACGAGAUAAAAUCGUGAAGAGCUUGCUGGUCGACAUGCUUGCAAGGCAAGUUCAGAAGAAAAAAUGA